UAAGGAUUUUCUUCAAACGAAGCGUGUUGAAAUUAGAAAAACUUCGUUUUUUUUCCAGACAAUUCAGAUUUGACAUUUGAAUUACAAAAUUAGACAGUUGAUACCAAUCUUUAAUUUCUAGUGAUCUUAAGAUUGCAACUUAACCACAGAAAACUUUCUGUUAGCUACUUCUACCGAACGUGAAUGCUUAUUAGUACAAAGGUUACAGAGUGCGCGGGAACGGACAACACGCUUUUAUGACAAACGUCGACGUGAAGUGGUUUUCGCGGAGAAUGAAGUAUGUAAUUUGGAAGCGUGAAUAUCCAACCACUGACUCGACUAAAGGCUUCGCCGCUAAGCUAGUGCGACGAUUCAAAAGACCAUUUCAAACAGCGUGAAAAAUUGGAGCAAACGUUUAUGAUUUACGCAAUCCUCGGGGCAAUCUGGCGGGACGCUGGCACAGACCUUAAGACAUACUAUCCGUCUGAUCCGGAAACAGACGACGAAUCCGACUCAGCGACAGCACCAUAAAUGAUAUUCCUGGGAGGGCCCGUGGGGCUCGUGUCUUUCCCGCCGUUAGGCUUUAAGGCGUGCCCUCAGGGCAAUACCACUAUCAAGAAGCGUUUCACUACCUCCUUGAGUCCUAUACCAAAUGCGAGUCGAUAUCGGGGUUGAUUUUUGGGAGGCAGUUUAGCCCGAGCGCGGGUCGAGUAGAGCUGGACGCAUCUGAUUUGUUCUUUUUUGUGAAUUCCCGAUCAAGAGGCUCUUCGAAGUCGGAAAUCCCAGCAUUUGAGCAGAGCGGACUUGUGACGGGAACACGGAUACGUGAAAACCACUGUUGUUAGUGUGUGAUGUUUUGUGAUGGCUUACGAAGUGCGUAUGAGGGCAGAAACGUCUUCUCGAGGGAUUAGACAACUGUCAUCAUCUUCAAGUGGAGCACGUGUCGGUUCUACGGAAAUUGCGCUGUGGCACAAUCCCGGCUAGAAAUAUGUUUUUUUUUGUUUAGUAAAUUCUGUUCUUGCGGAGGUACGAUUUCGGGUGACGUGUCUGUUGGGCCAAGUGAUUUUUUUUUUCGCGCGGCACUGCAAGCUGAAUUUAGUAGGGGCGGUCAGUCGCGGAACCAGCAGUCUGGCGACAUAGAAAUCACCACGGCGGGUAUCUGACCGAGGCGCGUUACCAUCUUCGCGAGGAGGAUACUCAUUGGGUGUUUGGAGCUGUUCAGCUCCUGGAACCACCGCGUGAGAAUGUUUGCUUCGUGUGGCAGUCUCAUUCCCUCGUUGUUGACCACGGCAAUUUUAAUGCGAACGGCUAAGCAGUUCGGCGUGGAAACAGGGCUCCAGGAAUAUUCCCCAAACUCCAAGAAACCCCAGAGCUCCAAACAAAACCUCAAGGCUCCGGAAAAUCCUCCAGGCCUCGGAGAACCCACACCAACCUUAAGGCCAUUCGCACGAGAGAAUAACAAAGAGCAAGACGGGAAUCAGCUGUACUGGAAGCGAGCAGCCAGGACUCAGCACCAUCUUCCCGGGACUCCGCCGCUAAAACAUAUCGGAACAUAAGAAGUGCUCAGAUAAUUUCUUAUUUUCCCCGCCACAUUUGAUAUCUUAUCUUCAUAGUAAAGUUAUAUUCUUAUCUUCAUCACAAAAUAGUCAACUUAGUCAUCAUAAGAUUUCACAGUGUUCAUACUUAAAGCAUUGUAACUUAUUCAUAAUCCGAUACGAGAGAAAACCAUGUAUU